UUAUGUGUCAGUUUGAUCGUGAAUACUCAGUUCAGUACUACAAUUUCUAUAUGAAAACAUUUCGCUCUGCUCUCUGAUGACAGGAAGCAACUCCGAAAAGUACGAAAUAAUGAACACAUCUUUGGCGAUUUCGUUGGAUUCCUCAGUUUGCACACCAGUAAUACUGCACGGCUGCCGUACUGCUUGGUGUUUGGUAAUAUUUUGAAAUGGCCACCUGGUAUCAAAGUCUUGCCAGUCAAAGCCGACAGACAGCAGCACAUGUCUGGCAACCAAGAAACACUAGUUCAGUCAUAUUUUCAAAAGGAUUACUGAAUGCACCAGGAGAAAACAACUGCUUUCUAAACAGUGCAGUACAGGUUCUGUGGCAUUUAGAUGUAUUCAGAAGAAGUUUCCGGGAGAUGGGAGGUCAUGCUUGCAUGGGCAAUGCCUGUAUCUUCUGUGCACUAAAGGUAUUGUUUACACAGCUGAGAUAUAGUGACAGACAGUCCCUACCUCCUGAUGCAUUGCGGAGGGCACUUGCAGUAGCCUUCAAAGAUGAACUGCGCUUUCAGCUUGGAUGUAUGGAUGAUGCCGCAGAAUGUUUUGAAAACAUCUUGUCACGUAUCCAUUUCCAUCUUGCACAUGAGACAAAAGAAGAAUUGUGUGAUGCUAAACAUUGCAUCCCCCAUCGCAAGUUUGCCAUGACUCUCAUUGAACAUAGUGUCUGUUCAUGUGGAGCCACUUCAGAGCCAUUUCCGUUUACACAGAUGGUUCAUUAUGUAUCAUGUACUGCAUUAUGUGCUGAAGCCAAGAAGAUAAAGCAGAAAUACAAAUGGAGUAACUCAGUCUGUUUUGGACAAGUGUUAAGAAAUGCUGGUGCAAUAGGAGAUAUAAGAGCUUGUCCAAGCGAAUGUGGCAAGAAAAUCAACAUAAGAAGGGUUCUAAUGAACAGUCCUGAUGUCGUUGCCAUUGGAUUGGUUUGGGAUAGUGACCGCCCUGAGAAGGAUCAUAUAGUUGAUGUAAUUCAGUGCCUUGGUACAUCACUUAGAAUGCCUGAUUUGUUUAAUUCUGUUGUUGAUGACAGUGCUAAGCAAGCUGCUCUGCAUUUAGUGGGUGUUGUGACAUACUAUGGCAAGCACUACUCAACAUUCUUUUACAACACAGCUCACAGACAAUGGGUUUACUUUGAUGAUGCUACAGUCAAACGGGUUGGGCCAAAUUGGCGAGACGUUGUUAACCGAUGCAAAAGGGGACAUUCUCAACCAUUACUGCUGUUGUUUGCAAAUCCCAAUGGUACUCCAGUAUCACCAGAAACAGCUCCUAGAGAAUCCACAUUAUUACCUGGCUACACAGAUACAAAGAGUCCAGCAGCUGUACCUUCUUCUGGAAACCCAUUGCAGUCAGUGUUUGAGUAUGAACCAGAUAAAGAACGUCAAGAAAAAACCCAUGGGAGUAACCAUGUUGUAGAGAUAGGGCAUGAUGCCCUGAGAAUAAUGCAGUCAAAAUAUAGUGGUGGCAAAAGCAUUAAUCAGAGUAGCCAAUCACAAGGGACCCAAACAGGACGUUUGAACAUGCAAGAAACUAAAGAAUUCCCAAGUCAGAGAUAUGAAGACAUUAAGCCUGAAUUCUCAUACCCUGCUAAACCUGAUAAUAAACUGCCAGUAAAGUCUAAGUCCGCAACACCUUUCCUGUAUAAAACUGUUGGGAAUGGCACUAGUAGAGCCGAUGAAACAGGGGGAAAUAUGCCUCUAUCCAGAUCAAGGGGUCAGCCAAUAUCUCACUUGGCAUGCUUUGACUCGUCAUAUGCAAAGAACAAGCCAGCAAACACAGGAAAAAAACCUUAUAUUUCAUCAGAUCUUUGUCAAAGAUACACUCAAACUAGUCAUGUAACACAUCCAAGAAAGUUAGAAAGACAUGAAUCUUGGAGCGGAAGAUCAAGCCAACAAGCCUGUUAUGAUCCCAGAUACUCCCAGUCAAGACAUUCCAUUUCCAUUAAUUGUCAAAACUCUUUCAAUGAUGCAGCAAUGUCCAGCUCUCAUAGAUACAGUAGUGUUCCUGAUUUACAGCAAGGCUAUGAUCAACUCCAUCAUAGAAUGUUAAGAUCUCAAUCAGCAGUUGAUUAUUCAAAGAGUCAUCUCAUGUCACAUGGCUGUCUGCAAGAGGGAAAUAAGUCCCUUUCAGUCCAGAGCAUUCCCAUGGCAACUGAGGGAAUAUUAGCAAGUGCUAUAAAAAACCAAGCCCAACAAAAGACGACACAUUCCUUAUCUAGCGAUACAUCCAUGCGAGCCAACUCCAACAUGCAGGAUCCAGCAGUAUGUGGAUCAUUAGCUGGUAGAGCCAACUCCAACAUGCAGGAUCCAGCAGUGUGUGGAUCAUUAGCUGGUAUGUUUUAUGACAGUACCCACUCAGUUGUAUCAACGCAGUUGGAUGAGCACCUGACUCAGAGUACCACUCAACAAACAAAUGGCCAGAAGAGUGCAUCAGCUUUAGAGUCUCCAGCAUAUGGUCAGCUUUCUAAAGUGUCACUUUACAUGGACCAAGAACUGGAGAAAAUGAACCAGACAAAAAAGAUCCUUAAUGAAAAAGAAAUCCAACAAAACUCAACAUUUCAGGAACAUAUUCCCAAAUGUAGCCCAAUGAAAAGCUUGCGCAACAGAGACUCUAUUGCAAGCCGUGACUCUGGCUACCGGAGCAGAGAUCGAUCCAGUGCAAGCUCUAUUGAGGCACCACAUGUUAAAGAUACAGAGGAGAAAAUGGCAAGACAUUCUGGUUUCCACAAAGCUCAUGACCUAACUUUGCAUCCAGCUUCAGAUGAAAACAUGACACCCAACAUAAACAGUGUAUGUGAAAAGCUGUUAGCUGAAGUUGUUGGUCUUCAAACUCAAUCCAGAAAGAUGGAGAAUGACGGUGAUCUGGCAACUGCUUUAGCUCUCUGUACCUCUGUAGUCACAAAAUUAAAAGGUGGGCGUAAUCUUGAAGGGAUAUCUUCCCAGACUCAUCAGGUUCUUCACAAAGAGUACAACAAUGCUGUACUACAAUCCAGAAACCUUGAACGACGUCUACAUCUGUUACGAAGGCCAAGUCAAGCAGGUAGACAUAGCAGAGAUGAGAACUUGAUUGACUUUCAUGGCACUGUCCAUCGAGUAGACAGACUCAAGCAACAACUUCAAGAGCUGUACAUCCACAAAGGUACAAGACAGGAAGACUUUGCAGCACCUCUUAGAACAGAAACCACAACAUUGGCAGGAACCAACUAUGUAAAAGCAUGGGAUGAGGACUCUUGCAAACGAACUGUCUUACCAAACAGUAUGUCUGUAAGAAGUAAUAGAAAUCAGAAUGCAUGUAAUGACUCCUGUAUGUUAACUGACUGCCAAUCAAAAGCCAAGGAGAAACUUUUGAUGAAGCCUACAUAUCAAAGCAAUGAAGUGAAGAAAACCCAAGAUCAGAAUUGGACGGAUCCUUGUCACCACAGGACAACAAAUGUACAUCAAACACAUGAAUUGAAAAGACACAGUGAAGAGUUGCAGUCAGCACUGUACAGCACAUAUGUCUGAUUAUUGAUCCACUGCAUCAGGGAUGAGUUGAUGAGUAUGGUAACCCAAGUUCAACUGCAUAUCUACGAUGUCUCCCGCUCUAACUCCAUACGUCCAUACAAAAGCUCUACAUUAAAUUAGGGGGUUACAGAUGUUUUUGGUUACAUGUAUGUCCUUAAACAACAAAUCAAACAAACAUUAGAUAAAAGAAAAAAUAGUACUUAUAAAAAUAUACUGUUUUUACCCUUACAACGACAUGUAUUAGGCACUGUACACUAAGUACUUUCCAGACGUCUGCGAAACAAAUCUAUAGGCAAAUGACUCGAGUGGCAUUAGAACCAACAUAGUUGGUUAUGUCCAAGUUUCAUGAGCAUAGUUUCAUGUCCAACCCCUAGACCCUAGGGCUCUGUGUUUUGUAGACAGAUCAGCCCGUAAUGCACUAAAUAAUCACGUGGACCAAUGCCAGAUCUCUAUUCACCUUUCUAGAUCUAGUGUAACCAGGGGCCGAUUUCACUAACUAUGUUUGCGAUCAUCGUUAGCACACUUGCGAUGAGAUCGCAAACCUCGAA